ACCAAAGAUGCUCGAAUCCUCUAUUCCUCCGACUCCAUAGUCGAUAUCCUCGGCCAUACCCCUGACGAGGUUGUGGGCAAGUCGACAUGGUCCUUUUUCAGACCUGACCAAGUUCCUCUGGCUCAGCAAAUACACACGCGGGGUGUCAAAUUGGACAAGGCCGCUGUCUUGUCCUAUUGCGAUAUCCUCAACCGCGAUGGUGCCUGGGUAAAUUGCGAGUGUUGCUUUACUAUUGUCUACAACGUCAUGGUGUGUUGUACAAGUGUCUAUCGCCCUGGCAUGGCAAAACGUGCUGUAGAGGCACCUCUCGUCCGAAAGCUGUUUUCUUCCUCGCCAGAUGACCCACGCUACCACAUGCUUACUCAUUUGUCUCAUAAGUUCAAGCACGACAUGGAAGCCCAGGAUCCGCAGGAGAAACACGAACCACGCGCCGCUCUCUUUCUCAACCGAUUCACUCGCACCCUGACGGUCAUGUACGCAACUACUGGGAUAGAGCACAUUGUCGGCAUUCCCAGCGAGCAGAUGAAGGGUCGCAGCUUUUACUACUGCAUUCAGGAGAGCUGCCUCGAGGACGCCGUUCGCUGUCUUGAAUCCGCAAAAGGCAAUGACUCAAUCGCAUAUCUUAGAUUU